AAAUCCAACAGUUUGAACAUCCUUUAGAACAUAGUUUCUGUCGCUUCUAGCCAUUGGAUCCUUUUUGGUCAAUCAUUUUACCUACUAUCACUCUUGUUCUCGACAUCAACCUCAGCUACAUUUCCUCUACAUAACCCAUCAAACAUUACAAUGGAGCCCCAAUCCACCAUAUGGCAGACCCAGCUUGCUGAUGUGUGUCAAAUCAAUUCUAUCACCCGUCCAGUAUUCCAGGAUUUUUCAGAUCGUCGUGGUGGAAGAACUGCUUGGUCAAGCACAGUGACGGUCCACGGCCAGAAGGUUCCAGCUCGAUUCUGGUAUGACGGUAAAAACAUUAACAAUGCCAGAGAAGAUGCUGCUGAAUGUGCAGUCAAAUGGCUGAUCGGUUCUGAGAUUGGCUCUCCCACUCGAUGUCACGGCCACUAGGCGUGGGAGUCACUUUUCUCACACGCUUGGCUUGCUCAUGAAGUAGCCCUUCACCAAAAUCAAGUAAUACGGUCACUAAAAAAAGGGAGGAUUGGUCUUUUGUAUAUUUUCGGUUCACCCACCUCUUGUCUUUCCUUUAUGCGAUACAAACAGCCGGAGUUUGGUAACCUCACCCCAGAAAAACAGGGAGGUUAAGGGUCACCACGGAACUAGCGCUGUAACAACAGGGACCUUUGUUUGGGUUUGGGUUGUAUUCUACGGGACAUAUAACGGGUUGAAGUUAGAUUUUGUUUAUGUGCGACGUGGGAAAUGGGAGGAUAUGUCGGUUAGUUAUGUACGUUUUGGUUUGGUGUUUGACGGAAUAGUUACACGAGGGAUCUGGUCCAAUGGGUUCUUAUCAAGGAUAUUUAUAAAGGUAUAUCUGACAGGGAAAAUAUGGGCUUAGAAGUUAUACGGUUUAGUUCAAACUAUGUUAGACGCUCCAAAAAGAUUGUUGACUCUCCAG